AUUGGUUUGACACCUUGCACUGUGAAACGCACCAGUGUCCCUUUCGCCUCGUCGUGAGAGCAUCAUGGCGGGUUCGAAGAGCGUCAACGUCGCGGAUACGUUCAAAAGUCCUGCGCUCAAGAGCCCCAACCUCUUCCAGUACGAGGCGGAGAAGCAGAGCUACGAGUUCUUCUACCCGUCCCCGCACAGCGCGGCGCGGCAAACCACGGUGCGAAGCGCGGUGAUGAACCUUGUCACGACGCUCAUCGGCGGUGGGGUGCUUCUCUUGCCGUUCACGAUCGCCAAGAGCGGGAUCGUCGUCGGGUGUAUCAUCAUGCUGUGCUGCGCCACGGCGUCCAGCUUCACGUCGUACAUCCUCGUGAGCUGCUCGCGUCGGUCCGGCGCGCAAUCAUACGAAGAAAUCGCGCGGAAUGCGUUUGGGCGGAAGAUGCAAGUGGUCACGAUGGUCCUGCUCAUCUUGCUCAUCUUCCUCGCGUUUGUCGGGUACGUGAUCCUCGUGCGGGAUAUUGCCGGAUCCCUCGCGUCGCAGUUCAUCUUUGGCCGGACGCUGUCGGUCGCCGACGAGAACCUCGUCGCCAUGGGAGUCGUGGCGCUGGUGUCCCCGCUCCUGUUCCUCCGCAGCAUGCAUUCGCUUCGCCACACGUCGGUGAUCGGUCUAAGCACUGUCGGCAUCUUUGCGUUUGGCAUUUUGUUCCGCAGCACGGAGAAGAUCAUGAGCCCCGAGUUCGACGCGUCCAAGCUUACGCUCGUCGCCGACAGCAUCGACGGACCAAUGUACGCGCUGCCGAUCGUGAUUUCGUCGUUUCUGUGCCACUUCAACGUGCUGCCCGUCUACGGCGAGCUGCAGAAGCCGACGCGGCGCCGCCUCAAGAAGAUUGUGAUCGUCACGGUGUUUUCCACGUCGGUGUUCUAUAUGAUCUUGGGUACGCUCGGGUACAUUUACGCGUUUGAUCAACUCCAAGGCGUGCAGGGCGACAUCCUCAACAACUUUGACCAGGGCGACGUGGUCAUGAACAUUGGCCGCGCCGGCAUCCUCCUGACCAUCUGCAUGUCGCUGCCGCUGCUCAUCCUGCCCACGCGCAAGACCAUCUACCGCCUCUACAUGCUGUGCCACGGCAUCGCCACGACCGGCGGCGACGGCACGACCCAGGAAACCCAGCCGCUAAUUGCCGACUCGCCAUCGGUGGCCACCGACGACCUGACGGAGAAGCCCGUGCCGCUCGUGCCCCACGUUGUCAUCACGCUCGUGAUCCUGUUGCUGGCGUUCUACUUGGCGUUCAGCCUGCCGGGCGUGGCCGUGGUGUGGAACAUCAUGGGGAGCACAGUGGGCAUUUUGAUCUCGUACGUGUUGCCGUGUGUAUGCUACAUCCGCAUCCGCCGCGAGAAGCCCACGACGGACUGGCGCAAGAUUGGCGCGUGGGUGCUGUUGGUCAUCAGCGGCAGCAUCUGCUUUGUCUGCUCGGUGCAAGCAUUCCACAAGCUCGGCGUGAUGGUGUACGGGGUCUUGGUGGCGUAGCUACUGUACAUAGGAGUUGGAGAACCAAUAGAGACCUUCAACCAGGGA